AUGCUCGCUGCCGCUCUCGUGUCCCAGCAUCGGCUCCGGCCGUCUCCGCCGCGUGCUCCGCCCGCCCGCUUAAACUGGCUUGCUGACCUCUUCUCGCCAGUCGCUGCCGACUCGGCCGCCGCCGAACUUGUCUUGAGCGAAUUAUGCGAGCCAGAGUGGGCGAUCCGGUGCGAGCUCGGUGCUGCCGUCGCAUCCAGCCUCGGCGGAUCGGGCUCGCUUGCGCGAGGCAGGACAGAUGCGUCGACCGACGUGCGACUCGACUGCGGAGUGCGCUUCGAGAUCGAUGCCGGCUUUGACCCACCUCAGGGCACCGUUCGACUGGCGAGGCCAAGCAGGUUGCUCGCGGCAGAGGGUUUCUGGAAAAUUUCGGAGACGGAUGACCGGGACGUGCCAAAGGCCAUCUCUUGGCGCCUUCAGUCCACUGGCAUUCGGGCGGGGGAGGAGGAACUCGUUCCCCCCGGUCCGCUCUACUUCAACGCGCUCCUGGAGGGCGACGGCUCUACUUUGCCACUGCAGCUAACGGCGGGACGGCUCACCGUGAAGGAGGAUAUCGGAGCGGAUGUCGGCAUCUUCCGCGCGCGGGGCAUCCUGGCCGAGUUCAAAAUUGUGGGAGCCUUUGAGGCCCAGCGGGCCAUCGACCCUGCUCAGCCGCCCGCUUCGUGA